UCAACGAGCCGUCCGAGCCAGCUCUGUAUUCAGAGAAACAUCCCCUUAAUACGCAAGCUUUAAUUUAAAAUCGCGAGUGCAUGUGUAAAAAGUUACCUAUCCUGAGUAAAAUUCUGUGAGUGAGUGUUGCAAAAUUUUAAAGGAGAAUUAUGUCAUUUCGCCAAAACAACAAUCAGGAUGUUUAUCAAUAUCCUUACAAUAAUUCGCAUUCGCCCUAUGGUCAUCAUGCAUAUAUAUCGGAUGGUAAUGGACUGUGCGGAGGAGACGAGUCAAGUUAUUGGACAAGUAAUAGUCCUCGUUCUGAUACUCCAUCGCCAAGUCUUAUUGUUGGAAGGAAUCCAUUCAACACAUAUGCCAGCAUUAGUUUUAGCUCUGGAGACGUUUGCCAAUCGGCGUACCGUUCUGGAUGUAACAUAAAUUCUUCACGUUCCGAAGAUUCGGUACGGCAAAUAACCACGGUGCCGUAUGUUCGUGUUGUCAAAAGACGGACGACGGCAAAUAAGAAAGAGCGACGAAGAACGCAGUCAAUUAAUAAUGCAUAUGCAGAUUUACGGGAUUGUAUACCAAACGUUCCCGCCGAUACAAAAUUAUCAAAAAUUAAGACGUUGCGACUGGCCACAUCCUAUAUAGCAUACCUAACGGCGGUGUUAGAAAAUGACGAACCCGCUGGUGGAUUUAAGGUGGAAUUAAAUACGAGCCACAAAAGAUCAUCUUGUAACACAGUACAGCCCGCCGAUUGUUCUCGAGUGAUCUCAGAAUGUGAUAUUUCGCAAGAAGAAAUAGGAAACUGCAGAAGAGCAAAAGGACGUACAGGUUGGCCUCAACACGUGUGGGCUUUAGAAUUGAAACAGGAACAAGCUCUUUAACGGGAUGUAAAUACUCUUUAUAAUCUGGAAGAUGAUCCUCGUAGGCGUUUCAUUUGUUAGUGAAAUUUCCUCUAAAAGUGUAUAUAAUAAGUCUAUUUUCAGUUUAUGUUAAACAUAUGGCUCUUUAAUGUAUACAAUUCACCUCACCUUUGGGUUUUGUAUACAUUUUAAUGUACUAGUUUAUUUGUUCGAUAAGGUGUUAUCCGUUGAUAUAUAUAAGUAACGUGAUUUUCUUCCAUACUUGUUUUUUUAAUAUAUGAAAAAGUUACUUGGAAUGUUAUUUUUGUUUAUAAGGUGUUUUUC